AUGAGCAGAAAGCAGCCGAAGGACGGUGGCGGUGCCGGGAGAACGUUGGCGGCCACGUUCAACAACAACACCAAGGGAGGGGCAAUGAUAAUGAAAAGCGUUUCCAUCUUUCUGGCCAGUGGUAGGCGAGCCUCGGCCCAGUCGAGAGAUCCGGCCGGGAACGGUCCCAACAGUGCACAUCAGCCGCGGGCCGAUUCGCACUCGAAGGACCAGAGCAGCACGGGCACGGCACGUACAGCGAUCUCGCGCGAUAAUCGACGGAUCCUGGCGAGGAUGGACGAGCUGAAUGGCAAGCUAAACCCCAAGAUGCUGGAGAUGUACAAGCGCCGGACGCACUUUUCCAAGGUGGAGGUAGAGGCGCUGUGUAAAAUCUACCGCAAGCUGGUAGCGAACGCUAGCAUGAACUCGAAGGCACUCGCCGCCAGCAAUCCGGGCGUGAUAGCGAAGGCUGGCUCCUCGAUGGACGGCAUUGACCGGUCGGUGUUUCGCGAGCUGCUCCACAGCACCUUCGACAUCGUGACGGAGGAGACGCUGAUGGAGCGCAUCUUUUGCGCGUGGGAGAAGGGCUACGAGGGUUUGCCGAUACGACUCGAGGGCUGGCUGAUGGGGUUGUCCACCUUUCUGAAGGGUUCGCAGGCGGAAAAAACCGCCUUCUGCUUUCGCGUGUACGACCUGAACAGUGACGGGUUCAUCACGAAGGACGAAAUGUUCGCACUGUUGCGCAACUGUCUCAUCAAGCAGCCGCAGGACGAAGAUCCGGACGAGGGCGUUAAGGAUCUGGUCGAGAUUGCGUUACGCAAGCUGGACAUGGAUAAGGAUGGCAAGAUCUCGUUCCAGGAUUACCAGGAAGCGAUCGCCGAGGAACCGCUGCUGCUGGAAGCGUUCGGGCAAUGCCUCCCGUCCGACCGUGCCACGAUGUCCUUCCUGUCAACACUGCAAGCACAAGAAGAUUCAAACUAA